AUGUCGACUACGCCUUCCAGCGCCCCGCGCCGUUCCUCGUCGUCACAGCCCUCGGCCACCUCGUCCGCCACCAUCCAUUCGGGCUAUUCCAGCAUACCCCACCUCGACCAUGGCGACCCCGGCUCCAGCAAGAGGCGCCGCGUCUCUGUGCAAACCGACGGCACCCUCUCUGCCCACGGCGCCGCGCGAUCGUCAGGGCUCCUGGGCGCCGACCUGGCCGCCGAGCGCGACAACGACGGAAGGAAACACAGGCUGAGGAGAUCCGGCGGCUUUUUGUUGGGCUCGGCUUUGCCCAGGGAUGCGGGGCGGCGACAUUCGACCCAAAGCGACGACAAAGGCCGCCUUUCCAUCUUCAGCCGGCGCCGCAAGAGUAAGAGCCCUGGCGUUCACGAUACUUCGCGCAGGCCUCACAGCGGAGCUUCGUCAGAAAGGAGCUAUCCUUCGACGAGUGGCGACGGCGAUGCGCCACUUGCAGGAAACACUUGGGCAUCCCCGCCCCGCAGCCAAAGGAGCAUGGAGCGCUCUCCGAGACAACCUCAAGGAUUCGCAGGGCUGGGGAUAGAUGUGGGCUCUUCCGAAGCUGGCGACGGACAUUUGGAGCCCGAGGAGCCUCAGGUCAUGCCAGGCAUCGAUCCUACGCAGAUUGUUCACAUGGCUCUGAACCUUAGCGAGAGCAGGAGACGGCAUCUUAAUUACGGUCAGCUUGUCGCACCUUCUGUGCCAGGCAGUAGAAGGGCAACUUCCGCCGGCAUGCCACUCAGCGGUACUCCGAUGCAUGGAAGCUUCCACGAGUCUGGUUUUGGAGGAAGCUUAAAACAGCACCUGCAACAGCAACGCCAGGUCUCAUUCAACUUGUCGCCAAGAGCUAGCAUGCAGAGCCCCGCGUCGCGGCAUGUCUCACUUUCAAGUCCUAGCGGGCGCGUGGAUUCUGCCCUUGGCCCCCAACACAGCUAUCAGUUCUCAGCCGCUACUUUGGCUAGAGCUGACAAAGCUCGUGCGUACAUUGACUUGUCAAUGGAAUAUCUCCGAUUGUUAUCAUACCUUCAACCUCUCAAGCCAAACCCCGAAGCACCAGGUAACUACACAUACACCACAACCAAUGUUCCAGGAACACCGAUCGUUGACAUUAAACGCACUAUUACGAAUCCAGGUCUAGAAUGCCCGCUUGGAAGGAGUUAUAAUCCUCUUCAGUUUAUCCGAAAUCGAAAAUUGAGAGCACGGGAAAGGAGGCAACUAGAUCCCGACGUCCGCGACUUUGAAGAUGUUGACAGGGUCAAGGACUGGAUCGAUGAUGUUGCGGAAGCUUCGGAAGAUAGGACGUUUCGGCGGGAAGACAAUGUGCUUUUGCCUCCGUUUGACGACGGCAUUGAGCAACAGGAUACCGAACACCAGCCAGGCCAGAAUCCCAAGCAGAGUCUCCUGCUUGGCAAAACAAAACGGCCACGAAUGGAUUGGUUUGUUCUGCCUACCGAGUUACUUGCUGAUGCUGUAUGGCUUGAGCAAAACUCCCACAAGGGCUUGAUAGAAGACAGGCACGGAAAUAGGAUCUUCCCCAGUCGGUCCCGCAGUGUGGGACAGCCUCGGGUAAGUCGAGAUUUGCAGAGAAGAAGUCUGGACCACCGGAGACGACUUAGCACUGCCGGGUCUGAUGCCGCGCACUCUGAAGCGCACACUGCCGACUCUAGUGAAGCUGGAAGCCAUCGCGGCAGGAGGAAGCUUGGCCUAUUCCAUAGCCAUCGUGAUGACAGCACGGACCGCAGGAAGCAUGGCUGGAGAUCCAGAGGCCGUUCGACUAGCUCGUCUGAUCUGUCAUCCUCUGACGAUGACAUGAGCACUCGGAAGAAGAAACGUGAUAGGAGGCUGACUGAUCACGAGGAGAACACUGGGCCUCUGGAACGGCAUAUGAAAGAAAUGCUCAACAAUGAGGCUUUUGCUGAGGAGAACCAGCUAUCCCCUAUUUUGAGCUCGCCGGACAAGUGGGGGGCGGACCAAGCCCGCAGGAUCCCUGGACGGCGCAUCAGGAGCGGCACUGAGCAGAGCGAUCGCGAUGGUGAUAGUGACAGAGGGCAGGCAAGGCGGAGUAGACGUGUCAGUAAGCUCUCUGAGAAGUCUCUUGCCUUGCCUAGAACGUCGAUGGAUGGCCUUGAUUCAUCGGCGCCGAACACGCCACUUUCAAACACGUUUAGCUUUGCAGCAUCGUCGCCUCCAAGCCGUCAUGCGUCACCGGAACGGAAAAGCAGGAGGUCGAAAUUCCCGUUCUUUAGGUCUGAUGACAGCCACAAGGGACACAAAGUCGACACCACGGAUUUUGCGCAUGACCAGGGCAGCAGCCUCAGCCUGCGGCACGUCACUAGCGAACCUUCGGAGCCUGGCCGAAUCAGCCUUGACCAAACUCGGCCUGCUAACUUAUUGCGCUCACGCAAGACUAAUGAGAGCUUGAGCAGCCUUGCUUCCAUUCAAGAAGGGAAGGAAGACUUGUCCAGCAGAGAGCGCAAGCAGAAGAAGGAGCCCAAGGAACCGGGAUCCGCCGUGUCGAGGUUCUUCAAGGAUGUUCGCAAGGAAGGCUCUAAGGUGGGAGAACUGAUCUUCAAGAAAGACCGCCUGCCUGAGGAGGCAGAUGAGAAGGCGUCGUCGGAAGAAACCGAUACCUCAUCAAGCUCUAGUAGCAACGAGGACAUGAUGAAGAGCAUCAUUAAAAGCAGGCCGAAGCCGAUACAGCGGACGACAGCCGACAGCAUGGUAUCCGAGGGUUCGGACGGAGGACGCAAGCCCAAGUAUCACGUGGAUCUUCCGUCGUUCAAAUCCACCAUCGCGCAAGAUCAAGAGCAAGACUCGGACACUGCCAUCUCAGGGCGCGAGGAGGGCAGGCGAGGCCGUCGCUCAGCCCGCUUUGACCGGCUGGCACCGCCCCGCCUGGAUCUCAGCACCGUCAGCCCGUCGUCCUCCGAAACACCUGGAUCAGGACGAUCGCGGUCGCCGUCGGCCAUCCGAGCACGCAUGAACAAGCUCCUCGAGGUGCCCGGCGGCGUGGGCCGCGCCGGCCUCCCCGUCAGCGCGCUCACGCGCAUCUCGCCCGCAGACAAAGACUCGCCGGUGCGGGGGCGACGCAGCGGCGACACGAGCCGCACGCCCAGCCGGCCGUCACUGAGCCGGCACCGGCAGUGGAGCAUCUCGGACCAAGGCAUUCGGCGGCCGUCGGCGCCCAACGUGACCAUCACCGUCACGCCGGCGGACAUAGCACGAGUGCGCGCGCUGCUCUACUGCUCCGGGAUCAAAGCGCGGGAGAUAUCGCGACGGGCCCACGAGACGCGCGACGCGCCGCCGGUGUUCCUGGCCAGCGCGGCCGAGAUUACCGGCGCGCAUCUGGUCGAGGUGCCGCGCAAGGAGGAGCACGUGCUGGCGGCGCGGAUCCUGUCGUCGGAGCUGGAAAACACAAACCAAGAGCUGGUGGCGGGGGCGGAGCGGUUCCGGCACGAGGCGGUGCGGGCGCUGCAUGCGCGCUGCGAGGAGGUGCGCAUCCGGGUUGGCGAGCGGCUGACGCCGCGGGUGCAUGCGUGCGCGGACGAGGCGGACGCCUUCACCCGCGAACUGACGAGCGGGGCGACGUUGGCGGUGAAGGCCGUCGUCGACCGCGUCGAGAUGAUGAGUCGCGCGCGGAGGAGGCGCAUGUGGUGGCUGAGGCGCAUGGGCUGGAUGGUGCUGGAGUGGAUGGUGCUGGCGCUCAUGUGGUGGGUGUGGCUGGUGGUGGUAGUGGUGAGGCUGGUGCUGGGGGCGGGGCGCGGCGCGUGGAGGGGCGUGAAGUGGUUUUUGUGGCUGGAGUAG